AUGGAUCCAUCAUCGAUGAAUCCAAGCAGUGACAAUAUCGCUACUCUCGGAUCUCAAAAUGUUUCUUCUUUGGAUGAACCCAAUGCCAGACUGAAGGCUCUCUUGGACCAGCAAGCUCGAAUCCAAGCUGAGAUUAAGGCCUUGCUGCCCUCCCAAAAUGGUGUAGAUACCCAAAGGGAAUUGGCUAUGCUGAACCACAAACACAAGAUAUUGACAUCAUGUCAAGAGAAAUCAGGUCUUCCUAUUGUAGUUUUGUCCGCCGAAGAAGAAUGCCGGCUCCUACAGUACAAGUGCGAAUGCCUUGAGGCUACCUGCCUCCAGUCAAGAGAUUACCCCACUGUCAACCAUCUUUUUGACCAGGGAGCAUUGCCUCUUGAAUCCGUCCAACCCGCUGGGUUCGAGGAAUGGCUUCGCACGAACGCCAAAGAGUAUGACCCCAUCCUCACAGCCAAGGCAUCUGAUGGUGCUACUCAGCAUCUGAAAUAUAUGCCCUCUCUCAAAUGCUCGGAGCUUGAGUGUAUACAUUAUAUAUAUGGCUUUCACGGUAAGGACGAUUUGGAGAGUCACAAGCGGCAACACCACAAGAUCCUCAAGGAACCAACAUCUUCAUUGCAGGCUCAAACCAGUCUAUCUCAAAAUACAUCAGAGCCAUUACCCGGUACUGGACAACAACAGAGUUCUUCUCCGCUUCCUAAUCACGUGUUGCAACGGAAUCAACCAACGACAGCAACCAAUGACCCUUUUUCUGCUGGCAGUCGCCCUCGGUGGGAGUUUUCGGAGGGUUCGGCAGUAUUGUCCCGAGAUAUCAACCCUCGAGGGAUCCCAAACACCGUUCAAAUCACAACUACCCCAUAUAGUGCACCAGCACCAAUGCAGCCCGUCGCAGAAGAGGUCUCUAAUCAGAACUCUUGCGAUGCUGGAGAUCCCUGCUCUCUUUGUCCGGAACAAGACAGUCUGGCGGAGGGUGAUUACUGGAAGGUUUUGGGUUGCUACAGAGGGCCUCUUACUUCCCUUGUAGAAAUUCUAAUCCCAGAUGGACAACCAAUCCAAGAUCAAUAUUCACGUGAUCCGCCACCACCUGCAUUUGCAUGGUCCGCCAGCAGAAGAUUCAUUGCGAAUUGGAAAAGCAAAUUGAAGUCUCUGAGACCUAAUUCUGCUGAACUCAAGGACGAGUUUGGGCUCUUAUGGCUGGGAAACGCUGAAGCUCGGUCCCAGGGCCCACCGCUUAUACCUCCAGCAUACGUACUUAUACAGACAUGCGGGGAAGGCUCUAGUAUAUUAAGCCUACUCAGACUCAGUGCUAGACUUUCAGUAUCCCGCAAAAUCGAGCUCAAACAUUUUCAUGUCCUUUCACACGCAAAAGACAUGAUGCGCGAAGCUUUUAUCUUUAAUCGCAGCCACCAAUCGUGGAGCAAAGAACUUCAUACUCAAGGUUUUCCGCUGUAUGACAGAUAUAGCAUUCUUCAUCAAUGCGCUCGAAAUUUCUUGCUAUCAUUUGAUAACAUAACACUACGGCGGAGCUCUUUGGACCCCCAGGAUUGGAUCGCAACCUUUUGUGCGUUGUGCUUUCUGCAUGCUAGUAUAUACUUCUUGGGCGAUGGUGUCUCACUGGCAAGAGAUGAAGGAAUUCAGUGGACGCAGUUCAACAAUAUUGGACUCCAAAGUGUCUACAAAGCGCUCGUCAGCACUUUCAUGUGGUCAACUCCCUCACUAUUAGAUGACGAGGCUGCUUUCAUGCCUUAUGAGUCCGGACAAUUACUAUCUUCUCUUAGACUGCUGGUCUAUAAAGACCUAUGGGAAGAACAUGGCAUACAAACGACGAAAGAUUUCCUUAUGGAACUCGCAAACGGGGGUCUUGACCUGAUAUCUACAUUUUAUGUCCGGUAUCAUCAACAUUCCAGGUCAUGCAUCCGACCAGAGUCUGCCGGCAUAAGAAUCCAAUCCCCAGAAAUAAGUUUGGAGUCAAUAUCAGAUCCGAGAGUAUCAGAGAGAAAUCCAGGUGCAUCGUCAAAUCUCAAUUUGGAAUACUCAACCUCCGGCAACGUGACCCUGGAAGGCGCAUCAACGGCAAACACCAUCGGCAAUAAGCCCACAUAUCAAAAGCCAAAACAUGAUCGUGUAUAUUGCAAGUCGUGCGAAGACUAUCCUGACGGAUUUCGCGGAGAACAUGAGUUAAGGAGACACGAAGAUCGUGAGCACAAGAGCACGAUUAAGAAGUGGAUUUGUGUUCAACCUACCGAUCCCGGAAGUCAUCCAGUACCGGAAUUGUCGUUACCAAACUGCAAGUCCUGUCUUCAACUGAAAAGUUACGGUGCAUACUAUAACGCUGCUGCGCAUCUUCGACGUGCUCAUUUCAAGCCAAAGGCACAGGUCAGGCCGAAGAAUAUAGAGCAGAAAGGGGGAAACGAAGGAGGAGACUGGCCGCCCAUGUCAGAACUCAAACAUUGGUUGAAGGAAAUCGAAGAGCCCGUCGAAAAGAAACGAGUGCCAACUAAUGAGGAACGAUUCGUUGAUGCCAAUGAAGGUACAACGCUGUUCUCUCAUCCGCAUCUUAAUCCAGCACCUACGAAUACGACAACUGCUUCAAACAAUCUUAAUCCAAUUUCCGGUAUCCUUCUAGGGUCCUUGGAGCAGCGGGCGGAAGAGCGCUAUCAAGCUUCACCACCGAAACGUUGCCCAUACCCGGACUGCGGAAGACAAUUCACGAAUCUCAAAGCACACAUGAUAACCCACUACAACGAACGUCCAGAGAAAUGCCCCAUUACAAGUUGCGAGUACCACACUAAAGGUUUCGCCCGGAAGUAUGACAAAAAUCGACACACGCUUUCGCACUAUAGAGGCGUUGUCACCUGUCCUUUCUGCCCUGGUGUAGACACACCUACAGAAAAGACUUUCUCACGAGCAGAUGUGUUAAAGAGGCACUUGACGAGUGUGCAUCGCGUGGAUCAGACACCUCCGAAUAUGUGGAAUUCCGUGGCUUCGGAUUCAGUAGAGUUGGGGAGGGAGGAAGAGAGGAAGGGAAAGUGUUCGAUUUGUAAGAAGGAAUAUAGUGGACCACAGGCGUUUUACGAGCACCUUAAUGAUUGUGUAUUGGCGGUCAUUGCACCGGCUGCCAUUGCGCCGGCUCCUCUGGCUGGAAGUCCAGAGAAGAGUUCUGUUCAGGUGGUCGAGGCUGACGAAUUAUGA